CGGGGAAAUGAAAGCGAAAGCGGCGGGGCUGAGGGACGGGACGGGGCUGCGGGGCGGCCAUGGCGGGGCCGCGGGCGGCCGCCUUCCCGCUGCUGGUGCGCGGCGACUGGGGAGAGGGCGAGCCGCCGGCCGCCCUGCGCAAGAAGCUGCUCCUCUAUUUCCAGAGCCACAAACGCUCGGGAGGCGGCGAGUGCGAGCUGCAGGGAGGCCCUGGCCACCUCCUGGUCUGCUUCGCCCACCCCGACGUGAGGCAGCGGGUGCUCGACCGGCCGGGCCAUGAGCUGGACCUCGGGGCUCGGGGGAGGCUGUCGCUGCUCGUCACCGAGCCCCCGGUGGACGGGGACCUGCUGCAGGAGCCCGGCCCGGCUGAGGAGCCAGCGAGGAGGGCUGCGGGAGGAGUUAAUGAGCCCUGCGCAUCUCUUCCCACUGGCAAGAAUGAAGAUGCUUCUGUGUGCCUUCAGCAGGAGAAAACAGAAACACGUGAGAAUCUGGAAGCAGAAACAGACUCCAGGAAUUCUGUCAUAGUAGUAACCACUGCCCCUGGGGAAGAAAUAGAAGAUGAAGUUGUGGAAAUGUACUUUGAAAAUAAAAAGAAGUCUGGUGGGGGGGCCAUCAAGUCCUUGGUCAGAAAGGAUCGGCUAAUUUUCAUCACUUUUCAUGAUAAAGAAGAUGCCCAAGAAGUCUUGCAAAGGGAACAUCACUCAGUGAAGAAGAUCAAUCUGUCCGUGAAGCCUUGGCAAGUGGAGACUACCCAGGAGCCGUUCCAAGUGGGAAACUCUGAAGCACCCCUGCAUUCCCCCUUAGUUGUGCUUGAAAAUGUGCAGGAGACAACAAAAGAUUAUAUGUUAAUUAUGCUGGUAGAGAACAUCAGUGGCUUGUCAGAGGAAGAUGGGCACUUCAGUGUGGAAAUGAUACCUGAAAUAAAGGCUGCUGUAGUUGCUUUUACUGGAAGUACAGAUACAGAGGAAAUUGUUAAGAAGCUAAACCAAAACCAAAGAGUAAAGAAACAAAAUAUUACUGCACGUUGCCUUGAGUUAACAAAAAGUGUUAGGGCUGAAAAUAUACCCCCUAACACACCCAGUGACUACAUAACUAUCUACUUUGAAAGCAAAAAGAAUGGAGGUGCACAAGUGGUGGAUGUUCAGCAACUGCACGACGAAGGAGCAGCUGUCAUUACGUUCAGCGAUCAUAAAGAUGUAAACAAUGUCUUGGAAAAGCAGCAUUUACUCAACAAAACACCCAUCUCUGUCUAUCCUUACUACGUGUCACUGGGAACAGCUCUAUAUGGAAAGGAAGGGCCACCAAUAAAGAUGCCAGAUCCAAUUUCAGUGCCACUGGAUCCCUACAUCUGUCAGUUCUUAUGGAGAAAAAAUGGCCUAACUGAGGCGAUAAGUUCCAAACUGGCAAAUUAUAACUGUGAGAUAACAUGGCCUAAACCCAGUUGUGCAGAACCAGAAGUUAUCUUGAAGUUGUCUUCAGCUGCUUUGUCUGAACCAAAGAGAUCAGUGGCUCGACUGAUCAGGACAUGGAAUGAAACGGUUUCCACAGCGUUUUCACAUAGCAUAUCAAAGUAUGUAGCCAUUAAAUACCAAGUAAGUGCAGAGGUGUGGGAAGCCAUUAAAAAAAGCUUUGUCCACGAUGAACUUUUGUUAAUCCCAAGUAUUUCCAAGGAUAUCCUUGUCGUAGUAGGUGACAAAGAUGUUCUAAAGGAUGUUGAACAGGAACUGAAGUUUCUCAUAGAAAAAACCACCAGAGAAAUCGAACGACAAAAGCAAAGAACUGAAGACAUAGUGGUGAUAAAUCCAGGGGAUUUUGCAGUUUUACAGAGUACUGGUCUUGAAGAAAAAAUUCACAUGGAAUUUCCAGCUCUGCAGGUAACUUAUGAUAGUACGCAGAAGAUAAUUAACCUGUGUGGAGUGCCCGAGGAAGUUUAUAAAGUCAAAGGGGAAAUACUGUUUAACAUGCACAACAUAGCAAAGAAAACCAUUAGUAUCCAUCCUUACAUUUUCCAGUUUUUACAAAGUGUUGAUAAUGAAAUCCUGUCACAGAGCCUGUUCAUGUCAAAACAAAUUAGUGCCUUUUAUGAGCUUGGCACAGAUGCUGUCAUCUUGAAAGGGAAUGGUGCUGAAACUCUCUUAAAAGCAGAGGAAGAAAUGAAAAAGGAACUGGACUAUAAAAGCAUUGCUUUGGAGGAUGAGUCAGUCCUUGAGAAGAAGGAAUGGAAAAUGCUCACCCAGCAGAACUACUCCAAUGAAGCUGUAGUGGUCACUCAGAUAGGGAGUGAGAUCAUUGUUGCUGGUUGUUCUCAAGCAGUAGGAAAAGCCUUUGAGGAACUCUUUGACUUCAUAGAUGAAAACACACAAAUAGAAAAGGUCAUCAGAGGGAAGCCCACCGUAGUCAUAAUGUACUUUGAGAAAGAGAAGACCUCUGUUCGGGAUGACUUAAAGAAUAAAGGUGUGAAAGUGGACUUUUGCACGCAGGAAAAACGCAGAGUUAUAUCCUUGAGUGGGUCAAGAAGGGAAGUGCAGAAGGGAGCCACCGUAGUUGAGCAAAUCCUGUCCAGCCUGCAUUAUAAGCGUGUGGUAAUUAACGAGCCAGGAGCCAAGUCGUAUUUCAGAGAAAGAGAACACUUCUUUGUUGCCUGUUCGAAGCAAGAUUUUAACUGUCUAAUCAAGCUGGAAGAAGAGCCAGAAGAACAGCUGGAAGAACAACAAGGACACAGUAACGUAGGCAAGGCCCUUAUGCAGGUGACCAUGCGUGGAGUUUCAAUAGGGGUUUACCAAGCUAACCUGUGCACUCAUCAUGUUGAUGUUGUGGUGAACGCAUCAAACGAGGACCUGAAACACAUCGGUGGCCUUGCUGAGGCGCUGUUACAAGCGGCUGGUCCAGAGCUGCAAAUGAGGUGUGAUGAGCUGGUGAAGAGUUACGGCCGACUGCAGCCCGGCUCUGCGGUUAUCACAGGUGCUGGGAAACUCCCCUGCAAAAGCAUCAUUCAUGCUGUUGGGCCCCGGUGGAAAGGGGAUGAAGCAGGAAAGUGUGUGUAUUUGCUGAAAGAGGCAGUUAAAAAGAGCCUACGACUAGCUGAAACGUACAACCAUCGUUCUAUAGCUUUCCCUUCUGUAAGCGGAGGGAUCUUCGGCUUCCCGCUGCAGAAGUGUGCAGAGACAAUCGUGUCAUCCAUCAAGGAAACCUUGGAAGAAUUCAGGGGGGAAAACAGCUUGAAGGAGAUUCAUCUUGUGGAUGUCACAGCGGAUAAGGUUCAGGCUUUCACCGAGGCACUGAGAAAAGCGUUUUUGUAUUCUGAACCUUCUUCCAGAUCAUUCCGUGAGACCAAGGUAGUUCGUCAGCCUACCAAAAGGAAAGCUCAGACCAGCACGAGCUUCUCAUCGGUAACAACUGAGGAGGGGCUUAACAUCAAGCUGGAAAAAGGAAGCAUUGAAGAUGCUACAACGGAUGCUGUCGUUGUCACUGUUGCCAAAGAUCUACAGCUUAAUAACGGGCCACUUGGCAAAGCUUUGCUAAGCAAGGCAGGGACAGUGCUUCAGGAGCACUUACAUGAAGAGGGCCUACAAAAAACAGCUGAUGAUGGAUCUGUGUUCACAACAAAAGGUUACAAUCUAGAUUGCAAAUUCGUAUUUCACGCUGUCGCACCUGGAUGGUCACAGAAAACUGUAUCUCCAAAGAAGGUCUUGGGCAACAUCAUCACAGAAUGCCUGCAGACUGCUGAGGAACUGUAUUUAAAGUCAAUUACUUUCCCAGCAAUUGGGACAGGGAACUUGGGAUUCCCAAGGUCUGUUGUUGCUAAAUUGCUGUUUGACAAAGUGUUUGAAUUCAGUAAUAGAAAAAAAGUAAAUUCUCUUAAGGAGGUUCACUUUCUGUUGCAUCCAAAAGACAAAGAAAAUAUUCAGGAAUUUUCAAACGAAUAUGAGAACCGAUACGGGAAUGGUGUAGACAAGACUGCUCCAGAUGAGACUAGUCAAGGCACAGCUUUCUUUGGUCCCAUUUCAACCCCAGCACAGGAUGUAUAUGAAAUGACAAUUGGCUCCAUCGUGUUCCAGGUGGCUGCUGGUGAUAUUACCAAGGAAAAGGGAGACGUCAUUGUAAACAUAACAAACCAAAGUUUCAGCCUCAAAGCAGGUGUUUCUAAAGCAAUUCUGGAAGGUGCUGGGAAAACGGUUGAAGACGAAUGUGCUCAACUAGCCUUGCAACCUAACAAUGGUUAUAUAACCACCCAAGCAGGAGGCCUGCCAUGCAAAAAAAUUAUUCAUGUUGUUAGCCAAGAUAACAUCAAGGUGUCAGUCUCCAAAGUGCUUCGGGAGUGUGAACUCCAGCAGUAUGCCUCUGUCACCUUCCCAGCGAUUGGAACAGGUCAGGCAGGCUGUCUUCCAGAUGUAGCAGCUGAUCAGAUGAUGAAUGCAAUAAUUGACUUUGCAAAGAGUAACACCACUCCAUCUGUGAAAACUAUUAAAGUUGUCAUCUUUCAGCCACAUCUGCUGAGUGUGUUCCAUACAAGCAUGAAGAAAAGAGGAAGUCCUGGUAAAACUAAAUCCAAAUCGUUCCUUUCCAGGUUAACAUCACUCCUGAGCUCUGAGAAAGAGUCCCCAAAGCGAAAUCGCAAAGCAGUUUUGGAAAAGAAAAUUGAUCAGGCUGUUGUUCAGAUUUGUGGUGAAAACAAAAAACAGGUGGAAGAAACAGAAGCCUGGUUGAAAAGUGCAAUUUUAAAGGAACAGUUUCACAGAGAAAUCAAAAAUGACUCUAUCUUGGAUUUUGGUGAAGCAGAGCAUGAGGAACUAUUUGAGCUACAGGAAAGUCUAAAUAUUGCUCUUUCAUUGACAAACAACAUCAUUAAAAUUUCAGGAGUUAGUACAGACGUCUGGUCUGCUUAUUCAAGUAUCCAAAACAUGAUCCACAGGGUAGAAGCUGCUAAAUAUGAAGAGGUCAAAGCAGAACUUUUAAAAAACUUAAUUGAGUGGAAAUACUUAGAAAAAGAUUCCUAUGUGCCAUUUGACAGGCUGACAAAUAUGCACUUGGAAAAUGCUUUGGAAGCAAAGAAGAAACAGAUUUCAGUCACGAUUCAAAACAAAAAAUACAUAGUGAACAUAGCUGAUAAAUAUGCUAUUGAUGACCAAGGACAACGUAAAUCCAUUAUACGUAUUGAUAAAUCUGAAGAUCAAGAAACCACAGUGCUCCCUGAAACGUGGGAUGAUAUGCAAAACCUGCAAGUCAGGGUAGUGGAACUAAAACCAGAAACAAAGGAAUACAAAGAGGUGGCAGAAAGGUUUAUGAAGACCAGUCAGCAUCUAAAAAUUGAAAAGAUUGAAAGGAUACAGAACCCAUGUUUGUGGAAGACCUACCAAAUAAAAAAGCAUCAAAUGGCUGUCAAAAAUACCAAUGGAGAUAAUGAGAAGCUUUUGUUUCAUGGGACAAGUAAGGAGUCGUUACCCUUAAUUAACGGAACUGGAUUUAAUCGGAGCUAUGCUGGAAUGCACGCUGCAAACUAUGGAAAUGGAACUUACUUUGCUGUUCAUGCCAGCUAUUCUGCCCACGACGCCUAUUCUAGACCAGAUGUGGAUGGAAAGAAGUACAUGUACGUGGCCCGAGUACUUGUUGGAGAAUAUUCUCAAGGGUACAAAGGAUCAGUUACUCCAGCAGCAAAAAGUGCUGGCAACACCGUGGACCUGUAUGAUAGUUCAACUGAUAACGUAAACAACCCAUCCAUGUUUAUCAUAUUUAAUGACAUUCAGGCUUACCCAGAAUACCUUAUCACUUUCACUAGAUGAGCAGUUUGAUAGCAGCAAAGUUUGUAUGUCUCUUCAUUUUAUAAAUCUGUCCUGCACAUUAAAUACAUAUAUAUAGAUCAGUGAAAACAAAUAGUUUUAUCAAACUAAUUUCUUAAAGCUUGUUUAUAUUUAAGCAACCUUUGGCAAUUUUUGAUAGCACUGCCAUAGACUACUUUUUUCCACUUGGAGCCAUUGAACCUAUCUAACAGGAGUUCAAUUUGACAUGUAACCUAACUGUAGUUCUCAGUAGAAAUCCUACACCUGUCCACCCCCUUCAUGCUAUCUUGGCCUUUCCAUGCAGCCUUCUGGCCAUCCUAGUUGCAAUAACGAGUGGGCAGUGCUGCUGGGGGAUUGAAAGAGACAUUCUCUCAACCACUGACUGCAUGGUGUUGCAUUUCUGGUAGCUUCUCAUACUCUAUCAGAAAUUAUAAUGCUGACUGUCAUUUACUGUGGAUUUCAAUAAAGGAACUAAUUGUAGUUAA